AUGGGUAGCUUCGCGAGACGGAAUGAAGGAAACGAGAAUUAUCUCAUGAAUCAGCAGAUGGCAGUCCCUGGGACUUAUAGCCAUUCAAGUGGUCAUGAAUUCAACACGACCGGAUCUUCCUCGUAUCACUUCCCCCAGCAUUCUUUCAACCCAUAUGGAUCUCAAUUCGGUCCCUCUUAUGGGCAACAGGCUGGUUUAGCUGGUGGAAUGCAUUUGCAGUACCCAUCCGACCAUACAAUCCCUUCAAUGUCCACCUCGGAUGAAUUGAGAUUGCAUCAUUCAUCGCAGCAGUAUAUGCCUGAGCCACGAUACCUGCCUACCAGAUACCUACCACUCCGCGAGGCUCUCAGCGAGACGGAGAUUGAGGACCAAGAAUCCCAUAACGAGGGUACUUUGCUUUCAGAAGCUGUAGUCCCCGCGCUAGAUGGGUUCCCAGAUGUCAAAGAAUUUGACAAACUGAUGGAAAGCUAUGUCAAGGAACUGUCGGUGAAGAAACAGGAUAAGGCGUUGAUACACGCUAGAAGAGCACGGAACAUAAAGAGCGUGCUUAUGGAACCGAAAGAUACAGCAAUUGAAUCCGCUCAAUUCCGGUUCUGGGUCAAAAAGAUGUUCAAACUGCAAAGUACUGGGAUUGGAGCAGCCGAUUGUCGCAAGAUGAUCUGUCAUGAGGGAAAGCCUGUCGCUAUCCGCGAGAAACUAUUCAAAAUCCUAACCCAGGCGCACAAGCAGUGCCAGCAUGGGGGACGCGACAAGACCUCUGCCCAAGUCCGGCGAAUUUAUUCCUGGUAUGCUCUCCCCCACAAGACCAAGAAGUCUUGCGAAUGGUCACUGACCCUUGUUACUUCUGUUACUUCUUUCAGGGUCCCAAAGGAGCUUAUCUCUCGCUUCGUGAAAAUCUGUCCCACUUGUCAAGUGCGUCGUGGGGGGUCUCGCUUCACACCACCCAGUUCUCGGCGAAGCUCCCCUCGCUUGGACAGGUUGUCUCGGUCUCCCAAACCACCUUCUCCCCCCAUAUCAAGACGGGAAUCAACGUAUGGGGGACAUGUGGCUCUUGACCGCGCCCAGCAUGACUAUUUUGGCCAGUUGGGUCAUCAUGGGUGGGUUGAUAACCACCAGAACUUACAAGGCCGAUCCAACUUGAGUACUGGAGUUCGACCUUCUCAUGGAUCGAUGACAACCGUCAAUCACUCAAUUGCAGGUACUUUAGAUCAGUUCUCCGAUCUUUCUGUGCCAGGCCCGCUAAGCUAUACAGCCGGAUAUGUCCCAACGUACGGCCCCUCUCCUCGGGAAUACUAA